GCACCGUAGGGCGAGAGGGACGCCGAGGUCCGCGGGAGCACGGCCGGGCGCACCAGUCACUCAGCUCGGCGCGCGGACGGCGGCCCGUCAGCCCGCAAGGACCGAGGCCGUGCCCAGCCGGCCGCGAGCGCGAGCUCCUCAGGACGGAGCCGACCCCGGUGGCCUUCCCUGAAGUCGGGAUACGAAGCCCGGCCGCGUGUUAUUAGGUUUAUGCUCUGGUCCUCAAACUAAAUAUAAAACUCCAGAAACGAAUGAUGGGCGAAGCUCUGCAUGUAGUAGCUGCUCGAUAAACCUUUACCCAAGAGGAGGAAGAAUUCCAUGAGGAUACUGUUAACCUGGAUAUGGUGUUUGAUUUCACAGAGUAAUUCUCUUUGAGAAGAAACUUAUAGGUAUCCAGGAAUGACUGCUAUUGAACAGGCUGAGGCCCAGCUCUCGGAGUUAGACCUGCUGGCCAGUAUGUUCCCUGGUGAGGGCGAGCUUAUAGUGAAUGACCAGCUGGCUGUAGCAGAACUGAAAGACUGCAUUGAAAAGAAGUCAAUGGAGGGGCGAUCGUCAAAAGUUUACUUCACUGUCAACGUGCACCUGGACAUAUCUGCGGGUGCAGCGGUGAUGUUUUCUCUGGCCUGUGUUCUUCCCUUUGAAUACCCUGUGGUCCUGCCUGAAAUUACUGUUAGAUCAGUAUUAUUAAGUAGGUCCCAGCAGACUCAGCUGAACACAGAUCUGACCGCAUACCUGCAGGAGAAUUGUCUCGGAGAUGUCUGUGUAUUGAAUGCCACCGACUGGGUUAGAGAACACGCCUAUGGCUAUAUCAGCAGGGACACCACCCCUCCCUCCGCUCCAGGAAGCACAGUGCAUCCGGUCCAGCUUGUUCUGACGAGACUCUGGAUCUACAGCCAUCACAUCUAUAACAAAUGCAAAAGAAAGGAUAUUCUACAGUGGGCGAAGGAGCUUUCCCUGUCUGGGUUCAGCAUGCCCGGGAAGCCGGGUGUUGUCUGUGUGGAAGGCCCCCACGGAGCCUGUGAAGAAUUCUGGUCAAGACUCAAAAAAUUGAACUGGAAGAGGAUUCUGAUUCGCCACCGAGAAGACAUUCCUUUGGAUGGUAUAAGUGAUGAAAUGGAAAGACAGAGAAAAUUUUCAGUUUUUGAAGAAAAAGUGUUCAGUGUUAAUGGAGCCAGAGGAAACCACAUGGACUUUGGUCAGUUGUAUCAGUUUUUAAAUGCCAAAGGAUGUGGGGAUGUUUUCCAGAUGUUCUUCGGUGUGGAAGGACAGUAACUAAGCAGGGUAGUAGUUGAAAGGUUUUUGUCACUGUUUGACAUUUGUUUUCUUACCCACUCUUUCUUGAACGAUUAAUUUUACUUCAGUCCCAUUCUAGAAUGUUGGGGAUGAAAAAGAGAAAAGUAGUAUAGCUUAAGUGCAUCUGUUAAAAAUAUGUCCUGAUUGAAAACAGAAGUGUUUUAAAUUAUAUUAAAAUUAUUGACAGAAAUGUCUUGGCAUAGCUGCCCAUUUUGAAAGAGAAAUUAAUUUGACUUGAGUUAGAUAAAGUUGGUGGUCUAACUUGCCACCCAUUCCCAAACCCCUGCCCUUUACCUGCCUCCAUGAACUCUCCCAGCCUCUCUCGUGGUUCAGGUGGCCUUGGCAUACAUCUUUGUCUAUGGGAUGCCUGGGAAAACUUUUGCUUUCCCAAUUAACCUGAUUGAUACAGUGAGGGCACCACUUUAGCCUCUUUCUCCCACAACACCAAGGCCAAUGGCUGGAGCUUUGUAGUUCCUUCAACAGGAAGGGCCAUGAGAACCACUGAGACGCCACUGCAUGUGGUUGAGCUGCUGAUCCAGCACCAGCCCCUGCCUAGCUCUAGACAGCUUUUUAUGAAAUAAAAACAGUUGUAUUUAUGUUACCAGGCCACUUAGUAGCCGUUGAAAGCUAUUUUGCCGAAUAGAUUUUUUCAAAGUUUUAGUUUUGCAUCUACCCCAACCAUUUGAUACACAAAUAGGUGAAGUUUUUCUUAAAUGGAGUUUGCAGCUUACAUAUACUUUUGUAUACUUAGUGCUCUAUCCCUGGUUUCACCUCACAGAGGCUGAGACCUGAGCAGAGCCCCACUGAAGCGCGAUCUGGCCAGCUGAAGCCUUCAUGCCCAGUAAGGGAAACAAACCUCACCACUUAUUCAAGGAGUAAUGACAUUAAUGUGGGAAGUUGGUUAAAAGGGAUUUUAAAAGCCAAAAGAGGUAACAGAGGUCAUUCUCCAACAAAGGGAAAAUAGACACAUGCCCAAUAAAUUUGGGGUGCUAUAGGGAAGGUCCUUGCCUAUCAGUCACAGCAGAGAUGGUUGGCCAGCAUGGGCAUGGCCACUGCAAGCAUGGGAACAUUUGGAAAUACAUAAUUCCCGAAAAAAGGAGUUUGCACUCUUGGGGCUCUUGAUGCUCCUUGCCCUUGGCUCUUGGUUUGUGGGGCUCUCUUAUUUUGUUCCUGCUCAUGUUUCCUCUUUAGCAAUGUGGCUCUGCAGAGCCCACAUGCAGUGGACUAAUUGGCCUGCAUCUAGCCUGAGAUUGGGUGGUUGGAACCGGCUUCAGCAUGGAAAAGAAACUCUGGACACUGGCUCUGAUUUUAGCUGUACUGUAGCCCCAACUACAUUUCUGUGACUGGACUAAGGGAGAUAGGACUUUGGAAACCCAUGGGUGUAAUUCCAUGAAAAUAAAGCUUUCUGUGAUAUCUCA